AUGCCUGGAUCACUGGCUACACCACACAAAACUUCUAAUACUGAUAAGACUCAUUCCGAUAAGAAUAAACAUGUUUCUAAUCAUACUGGAACGAAGAAUACAACGCAUGGACAUACGAUAGUUAACAAAAAAUCUGAUGUUGUCGAGCAUAUAAAUGUACAUAAUAAAACAAAUCCUAAAAGACGUAAUUCCAUAGAUACUCAUACAAAAACUGCACAUGCAGCCGGAGGUACACAUGCUCUUGAAGCGACAAGAUCACGUGGAGCAACAGUCUCACAUGGAAGUCAUCCGCAUACAAAAGCACAAACACAUAUAGAUACACAUGGAAGAAGUACAACAUUACAUGCCCAUCCUAACGUACAUCGAAAGACUGUUACUCAUGGUACAACUAAGAAAUCGGAUGGUCAUAAAUCACGAAUAAUUAAGUAUAGCAAAUCUGAAAAUAAUUCAAGUGAUCAAGAAAAAUUUACUUCUACAGAAACUGAGACUAUUAUAAAAACAGCAGUGUCUGAAACUUCUGAAAAUAUUACUAGUGAAAAGACUGACGAUGAUGAAACGAAUUAA